AUGAAGAACAAGUUAGUAGAUCGUCCUCCUUGGACCUAUACCAUGCAGAUCCAAAGCCUCUCCCAACUCAAGGAACUCUUCCCUGAAUCCGAAUACAAAUCCCUUACUUUCUCUUCAGGCAAAUACAACUGGAAACAAGAAGGACAGCGGGGAGGGAUAAUGUAUGUUGAGUUAGAUACCUCAAGCCUUACCGCGUCUACGGUUUUGGCAUAUCUCACCUUCUUCGUCUACAAUAAGAAAGAAAAUAAAUAUUUUACUAUUCAAGAUGUUGAAGGGAAGCACUUCAAUGCAAUAAGACCGGUGUGGGGAUUUCCGCGAGUGCUUCCGCUUGAUACGUUCAAUGAUCCUAAAAACGGAUAUGUGUUCGAGGGAGAUCAAUGUGAGUUUGGUGUUGAUGUGAUGGUUCCACUUGUCAAUUGGGAAGUUGUCUCUUUCCCUAAUACACCAUCUAAGACAAAGUUUUCUUGGACGGUCAAGAAAUUCUCUAAGUUGAAAGAUCAUUGCUACGUAUCAGACAAGUUCAUUAUGGGAGGAAAGAAUGGGGUUAUAAAGUUGUAUCCCAAGGGCUACACUACAACAUAUUCCAAAUCUUUGUCCAUGUUUGUGUUUCUGGCUGAUGGUGAAACAAUGAAGGCAGUUGACAACAGAUACAAUUACGACACUCGAACUCAAGGUUGGGGUUGGUAUCACUUUAUAUAUUUAGAUAAACUUCGGGAGGCUUAUUUGGACAAAGAAGACUCUUUGCAAGUAGAUAUCGAAUUUGCAGUUGUUUCGACUACCACGUCUUCUCCAUGA